AUGAGAUUAACAUCCAGCAUGGAGAAUAGAUCAUCGAUUGGUUACUUGCGCCGUGUGUUAAUUAAUAUCCAAGUAAUCAAUGUCGUUAUCUGUGCUGUAGACUGCGAAUAAAUACAUAGGCGCCGAUCUAUAUGAUAUUUCCUGUGUGUAUAAAAAUAAUUAUUCAUAGAUUACAACAGAUUAUAUUGCGGAUGUUGGUUUAGUUGUAUUUCAUUCGUAAAUUAAUUCUCUUAAAUAUAAAUAUUUAUUGGACAAGAGAGAUAUUGCAAAUAAGCCGAUAAAAUUAUUUCAAAAUUGGUAACGACGUUUGCUGAAGUUCAUGGUAACGCUUCAGUGUAUAGAAUAUUUGCAUAAAUGAUGACGUCUUGUAAUAUCUAAUUAUUUAUACAUAACACGCACCAUUUAUUACAGUUGCGUUCAUUUUUUAUGACGAUUAAAACAUUUAACAAUUGUGUUGUCACAGCCUGUUUCACCUUCGAAACGUUUAUGAAGGAAAAGGCAAUAGAAAAUUUUUAUCGAUGCAAUUACGCAAUUAUGCCUGCAAUUAUUGCGAUACGUAGUUUUUUACUUUUUUGCGGAAACGUAGUAUCGCGUGGCACUCGUGAACAUGUCACAUGCAAAACUUUAUUUGGUGACUUUCGUAGGUAAAGAAAACUCUGUAAAUUGCGUUAUCUGUUUUAUAGAUAAUAAUUGUUGAAUGACCAACUGAUAAAUUAUAAUUAUAUACAUAUAUAUAUAUAUAUAAAAUUGAUAAUUGUUGCGUUAAGACAGUGUGCUUGGCCGAAUUGAACGCGGGUCUGUUUUCGAAAUGGAUGCCUGCAUUGUCGGUCGACGACUUCCCGUUUGAAAUCACUGGCAACGAAGCUUUCUGGAUAGUGUCUUUAUUAAAACUCGGUACAGCCAUCGGAUGCUUCCUUUCCAUAUUCAUCGUCGAUGUUCUAGGGAGAAAGGUCUCGAUAUUAUUCACGGUCUUCCCGACAUGCCUGAGUUGGUUACUGAUAGCAUGGAACCCAUCGAGUCUGGACAUGUACGUGGGCCAUUUCGUAGGCGGGAUCGCCAGUGGCAUAAUUUUCACGAGCGGUUUGACGUUCGUCACAGAGAUCUCCCCUGCGCACAUUCGCGGUGCAUUGUGCAGUUGCUUCGUAUUAAUGGAUUAUUGCGGUGAUCUUCUGGGUUGCGUAAUCGGCUCGUUUGCCACCGUGCACACAUACUCAUACGUGGCUAUGUCGUUGGCAAUGCUGCAAUUCGUGGUGUUCGUCUGGUCCCCUGAAACUCCUUAUUACUUGCUACGUCAGAAACGAUUAGCCGCUGCUAUGGAUUCCUUGAUACUGUUGCGUGGCACAGGUGAUGUUGCCGAGGAAAUGGAUUCGAUUAUGAAAGCAGUGGAAUUCGAUCCGCGAAGCAGCGGGAUAUUGUCUUCCCUCUUGCACUUAAUUUCCGAGCCAGGGGGGAAAACCGCGAUCUUGAUCGGCGUGGCUGUGAUGCUGGUGCAAGCGCUCUCAGGCCCGAUUGUUAUUAUCGGUUAUGCUCGAACAGUCUUCGAGAAGAUGCACGACGUUCAAUUACACGCGGCCUAUAUCGACUUCGUUUUAGCAACGGUGUAUCUGAUCUCUUAUCUCGUGUGUAUUAGCUUAGUGGAUCGUUUAGGCAGAAGACCUCUAAUGAUCAUGUCCGCCGUAGGCGUUUCCACUUGCAGCUUCUUUCUGGCCGUCUACUCGUGCUUGCAAGAGAAUGCUAUAGAUACCACGAGUCUUCAGGCGUUGUUCUUUGUAACAGUAUUGCUUUACACCAUUAGCGUCUCUUUAGGAUUGGCCAGCGUGCCUUUCGUUGUCACGAACGAGAUAUUUCCUAUGUACGCAAGAGCAACGUGCGCCAGCUUCUGUUUUUCUACAAAUUUCACAUGGUCGUUUAUUGUGUUGCAUGUCUGGCGUUGGAUCGUGUCCCAGUACAACGUAUAUUCGCUUGCCUUCUGGUUUAUUUCCGGAUUGAACGCAUUCAGCACCCCCUUCCUGGCGUUUUACUUCCCAGAGACGAAGAGAAAAUCGCUGUUGCAGGUCAGGAAGUAUUUCAUCGAGGGGAUGAAAAAGUGA